AUGGGCUUGAAACUAAUAUGGGGUAUAAUAAGAGGUUUUCAAGCCCGUAACACUUCAAGAUCUACUGGAAUAUAUAAUGAUCCUAAUAACCCUGCAAUUCUUAAACUCCAGAAUGAACUCGAUCGCAAUCCACAAACAACGUAUGUAGGUCUCCCUCAGGGUGGUGUUUUGUCGCAUCUCCUUUAUAAUGUAUACACUACCUCUAUUCUCAAUCAUAUUGGACCAAACACCAAAACAACAAUAUACGUUGAUGAUAUUUUUUUAUAUGCUUCUUGUCAUACUGUUCAGGAAGGAUUAGCAGAAUUACAACACUCUAUAGAACUCCUCUCUGAUUGGCUUGAAUCAAUUGGACUCAUUAUAUCGAUACCUAAAUGUAACUUCUGUUUGUUUACUAAAGCACAGAUCGAUUACAGUGAUAUCUUUUUGGAAGUAAAUGGUGUUCUAAUUCCUUGUCAGAGGGAAAUUAAGUAUCUCGAAAAAACGGCUAAAGCUAUCAACACCUUAAAAGCACUUGCUCGCGUUUCCCGGGGCGCAUCUUCUGAAUCCUUGUUGUUGGUUUUUAAGGGCCUGAUUCGAGCAUAUCUUAAAUGGGGUUCAGUGCUAUUUAUGGAGGCUGCUCAGUAUUUCUUGAAAAUUUUGGAUACUCAACAAUUUAAAGCAUUGCGCAUAUUUUUGGGAUGCAUGUCCUCAACUCCCUUGUACUUUUUACUUGUUGAGUCUGGAGAAAUACCUUUGGAAAUGAGAAGAAUUCUGUUGGCUAAACGUUUUAUUGCAAGAAAUUUUACAUGGUCUGAAAACCCUCUUAGACCCAAAUUAAUCCUAUUAAAAACUAGAAUUGAUAGAAAUAAUAGACCGAAACAAUAUAUAAUUAAUUCAGGUAUUUACAAAGUGUACACACAAAUUGAAAGGGACUUGAAUACUUGCUUUCCAUCAAGACGACCAUUGUAUUUUGAUUCUGAAUGGACUUCUAUAAAUCUUAAAAUAAAUUCUAAUAUUACUUUGGGCUAUGAUCUUAAAGGAUCACAGCAACCAGACAUUAAUCUUAACACCUUCCUAACUAACAAUUUUCCACAUGCAGUGCAUGUAUAUACUGACGGUUCUUCCAACCCCCAAAGGAAAAAAGCUGGGGCUGGAUUUUAUAUUUCCCAAUUGAAUAUUCGAUAUGGUGUUCCGGUCGUUGAAUCCUCUUCCCCGCUCACAACAGAAUUAUAUGCCAUAUACAUUUCUGUAAAAUACAUAAUCACAGAAAACAUUACACAAGCUGUAAUAAUUACAGACUCUCUCGACUCAAUAAAUUUAAUAAACAAAAGACACUAUCUUGCACACUCUGACUCAGUUAUUCCCCAUAGAAUUGCUGAUUUAAUCACACAAACACAAAAUGACACAAGAAUUGACUUUAUUUGGAUUCCAGCACAUAGUAGUAGUAAGGGUAAUAAUAUAGCAGAUAGGAUUGCUAAAGAUGCAUCUGCUCUUCCAUUCAUUCAGAAAAAGAUUGCCUCUCUUAAUGAUUUAUUUUCUAAAUUCAAGCAAUACAAUAACAUACAAAAAGCACAAUUAUGGCCUUAUAAAAACACUACAAUUACAGCAAAUAGAGUACUACAAAAAAUACAAUACAAAACCAAAAGACCUUGGUUUUGUGGAUUAGAGCUGCCUAGAGGUUGCACUACACUAAUAACGCGAUUAAGGAUUAAUCAUAUAUGUACAGCGGAACAUUUUGAAAAGAUGAAAUGGAAUUUGCCCAUGGAAUGUAACUGCGGGGAGGCCCAAAAAACAUUGACUCAUUUAUUAAAUGACUGCCCUUUGUUAUCUCCGGGACGACCUGAAUUUUUUAGUUACUUGAAUUCCCUCUCGGGAAUUCUCACUACUCCACUUGCAAAUCUGGAUAAUUUUAUCUUUCAACCUACAAAAGAACUGGCAGCCGCCAUCCAUAAAUUUUUUAAUCAACAGGAUUCUAAGGUUAUUAUUUGA